GCAUAUUGAGGAAGGGCGUGGCGCCCCCUUGCACAACCACGGUCCUGACGAGCGCUUGCUCCGAGAGAGGGGUGAUUGAAUGGGCGCGGGGAGGGGAGUCGUGGGGAGCUUCCGUUUAUCUGCGAGGUCAGAGAAGGCAGGCUGCGCGUUACGGUGGUGCUGUUGAAAAACACGAUGAAAAUGGCGUGGCAACCGCAGGAAGAAGGACUCAGACAAAUCCUGACGCUGCUCAAGGAAUCGCAAAGCCCGGACACGGCAACCCAGCGAGCCGUACAACAAAAAUUGGAAGAGUUAAACAAAUUUCCAGAUUUCAACAACUAUCUGAUUUUUGUUCUAACAAAACUUACAUCAGAAGAUGAACCUACUAGAUCUCUAAGUGGGCUGAUACUCAAAAAUAAUGUAAAGACUUACUUUCAUAAAUUUCUACCGGAAGUCAUAGUUUUCAUAAAGCAAGAAUGUCUAUCAGCAGUCGGAGAUCCAUCACCGCUAAUUCGUGCGACUGUCGGUAUUUUGAUUACUACUGUCGCAUCAAAAGGUGAAUUAACAACUUGGCCGGAAUUAUUGCCAGCAUUAUGUCAAAUGUUGGAUUCCCAAGAUUACAAUGUUUGUGAAGGAGCAUUUGGUGCUUUGCAGAAGAUUUGCGAAGAUUCGGCAGAGAUAUUAGAUUCGGAUGCUCUGAAUCGCCCUCUGAACAUUUUGAUUCCAAAAUUUCUUCAUUUCUUUAGACAUUCGAGUCCCAAGAUCAGAUCUCAUGCAAUAGCAUGUGUCAAUCAGUUCAUUAUCCAACGUACACAAGCACUUAUGAUACAUAUAGAUAGCUUUUUGGAGAAUCUCUUCCAUUUAGCUUCAGAUGAUGACUCUGAAGUUCGAAAAAAUGUCUGCAGGGCACUGGUGAUGCUGCUUGAAGUACGAAUGGACAGACUAAUACCACACAUGCACAAUAUAAUAGAAUAUAUGUUAAUGAGAACUCAAGAUGUUGACGAGGGAGUAGCAUUGGAAGCUUGCGAGUUUUGGUUAUCACUAGCAGAACAACCAAUUUGCAAAGAAGCGCUUGCGCCACAUUUGACUCGAUUAGUACCUAUUUUAGUAAGAGGUAUGAAAUAUUCAGAAAUUGACAUAAUUCUUCUCAAAGGAGAUGUAGAAGAGGAUGAAAUGAUACCAGAUAGGGAGGAGGAUAUUCGACCGCGAUUUCAUAAAUCGAAGACACACCAUUCACAUCAUGCCAAUGGAAUGGGCAGGCAUGCUGACGAGAAUAAUGGCGGUGUGAAUGGCGGAUGCGACGACGAGGAUUUAGAUGUUGAAGACGGAUGCGAUGAUGAUUCGACUCUGAGCGAUUGGAACUUGAGGAAGUGCUCCGCCGCUGCUCUGGACAUGCUGGCUAAUGUUUUUCGAGAAGACCUUUUACCGGUUUUAGUACCAAUUUUAAAAGAGACUCUCUUUCAUCAGUCUUGGGAAAUUAAGGAAUCUGGUAUCCUUGCAUUAGGAGCUAUUGCCGAAGGUUGCAUGAGUGGCAUGAUUCCGCAUCUGUCGGAGCUCAUCCCGUAUUUGAUCAAUUGUCUAAGUGACAAGAAAGCUCUUGUGCGUGCCAUAACUUGCUGGACGCUAAGUCGUUAUGCGCAUUGGGUUUGCGCACAGCCACACGAAACGCAUUUGAAACCUCUGAUGACUGAAUUGCUCAAAAGAGUGCUCGAUAGUAACAAGCGCGUUCAAGAAGCGGCAUGCUCGGCCUUUGCGACUUUAGAAGAAGAGGCAUGCACUGAAUUGGUUCCUUAUCUUGGAUUUAUUCUUGAGACACUUGUCUUUGCAUUCAGUAAAUAUCAACAUAAAAAUCUUUUAAUAUUAUAUGACGCGAUCGGCACUCUCGCCGAUUCUGUGGGUCAUCAUUUAAAUAGACCAGAUUAUAUCAAUCUUUUAAUGCCACCUCUCAUUAAUAAAUGGAACGUAUUGAAGGACGAAGAUAAAGAUUUGUUUCCGUUACUGGAAUGUCUUUCAUCAGUAGCUACUGCAUUACGUUCGGGUUUUUUACCAUAUUGUGAGCCUGUUUAUAGGCGAUGUGUGUCACUUGUUGAACAGACGCUGAAUCAACAUAUAGCGAGCACACAAAAUCCAGAGCAAUUUGAGGCACCUGACAAAGAUUUUAUGAUAGUUGCAUUAGAUCUCCUUAGUGGAUUGGCUGAGGGACUAGACGGUCAUAUGGAACGUUUAGUGAUGAACAGUAAUGUAAUGCAACUGUUAUAUCAAUGUAUGCAGGAUACUAUGCCUGAAGUCAGACAGAGCAGUUUUGCAUUACUUGGAGAUCUCACAAAAGCUUGCUUCCAACAUGUACUUCCUUGUAUACCGGAAUUUAUGCCUAUACUUGGACAAAACUUGCACCCACAAUUCAUAUCGGUGUGUAAUAACGCGACGUGGGCGAUCGGUGAGAUUUCGAUAAAACUUGGGCCGGACACAAGCGCAUAUAUCCCAUUAAUUUUGACACAACUUAUCGAAAUAAUUAAUCGACCAGACACACCAAAAACAUUAUUGGAAAAUACCGCCAUAACGAUCGGUCGCCUAGGUUAUGUGUGUCCCCACGACGUCGCCCCCAUGUUACAGCAGUUUGUCCGACAGUGGUGCACUUCUUUGAGAAGCAUAAGAGAUAACGAAGAGAAGGAUUCUGCCUUCAGAGGUAUGUGUCAAAUGAUUACUGUCAAUCCGGCCGGUGUUGUCCCGGACUUCAUCUUCUUUUGCGACGCUGUGGCGUCUUGGUCAGCGCCAAAAGAGGACUUGAAAGAGAUGUUUCAGAAGAUACUGUUGACAUUCAAAAAUCAAGUGGGCGAGGAAAAUUGGAAACGAUUUUCUGAUCAGUUUCCGCCACAGCUUAGUGAGCGGCUCCACAACAUGUACGGCGUCUGAACAGCUCCGCCUAAAAGCGAAGGCCGCUUAAUGGAGCAGGCCGAAUGGGGUUGGGCGGGAAACAAUGGGCGGAUGGGACGGGUGGGUGAAACCACGGCCUCUUCUCAUCAACAUCGUUGUCGUUACCGUAUCAUCGUGGUAUGUCAUCGUGCUUUCGGAGAGAGAGUAAUGAUGCAUGCCGGGCCUUUUAAUCUUUGUAGCCAGCAAAGGCUGAUGAAAGAAAGAAAGAAAGAAAGAGUCCAAAUAAAAAGGAGAACGACAAAAGAUAAGCAUUGGCCGCAAAAGUAAAAG